AUGAAAGGAGGGAGGGAAGGCGGGAAGAAGGUUGGUCCGCGGCCCGCUCCCGGUGCUGACGGUGCCCUCGCCUUCAGCCCCCUGACGAAGGUGAAGCUGAUCAACGAGCUGAACGCGCGGGAGGCGGAGCUGGGCGUGCAGGAGGCGGUUUCGUGGCACGCGGAGUACAAGGACAGCGCCUGGAUCUUCGUCGGCGGGCUGCACUACGAGCUGACGGAGGGGGAUGUCAUCUGCGUGUUCUCGCAGUACGGGGAGGUGGUCAACAUUAACCUGGUGCGGGACAAGAAGACCGGAAAGUCCAAAGGCUUUUGCUUUCUGUGCUAUGAGGACCAGAGGAGCACUAUUCUUGCUGUUGACAACUUCAAUGGGAUCAAGAUCAAAGGAAGGACGAUUCGAGUGGACCAUGUGGCCAACUAUCGGCCCCCCAAAGACUCCGAUGACUUAGAUGACGUUACAAAAGCCCUCCAUGCAAAGGGUUGUGGAGUUAAAACGCCACCUCAUACAUCAUCCGAAUCUCUGUCGGAAGAUGAUGAGGUACCCGUAAAAAAGCAAAAAGAUAAGGAGAAAAGUAGACAGGAGCGGCAAAAGCAGAGCUCGCAGGCUGCGAAGAGGGCGGUGUCCGCAGAGGAGGCGCACCCCAGAAUCAAGAUUAAGAAGGAGAAGGAGGACCCUGCCUACGACCGCUACGCCAGCGGGAGCCAGCAGCCCUGGAAGGGCUCCGAGGGGAAGCCUGUGAGCAGGACGCAGCGAGAAGAGGAGGAGCGGAGGCACCAGAGGCCUUCGGAGAGAAGAGGGGAAAAGAGCUGCCAGGACCAGAGGGGACAAAGCGGUUUGUGGGAGGAGAGGGAGAAGAGAGAGGAGGCUGGCAGGAAGGGCGACGGGCACAGCAGCCGGCGAGAGGAGUGUCCCGAGGGAGGCAGAUCCCGGGAGCGCGGCGCCAGGGAGCCCCAUCCCAGGCACAGGGAGCGGGGCUCCGCCAGAGGCUCCAGCCGCUGCUGAGCCCUGGGGCGAGCGCUCCGGGGGCUGAGAGAGGCCCCGAGCUUGCCCAAAAACCUGCUCGGAGCUUCCCUGUGCCUCUCGCCGCUGCCGGCGGGGUGGGGAGCGCACCGCGGCUGGACCGUUCACCUCCGACAGCUUCCACUUGGUUUCUCACUCUGUCCUCGGACAGGGCUCUCCUCGCUGCCCCGUGACCGGGGACGUGAGUUUUCUUGCCUCCUUCAACCCUUCUUGCAGCGUUGGACUUGCAGGUGUGCCGGGACGCCGCGCUGCGGCAUAAAGAUGGUCGCUGGGAGCGGCAGGAUGCUCUCCUUCCCAAAAUCGCUCAGUUCCGUCAAUCCCGGCGGGGACGGUCCCCCUCUUGUGCUGCAGGGAGAGACCGGUGGGUGUCUCGUCGGCCUCACGCGCCGGCUUUGGGUCCUGAGCCCGCCCGGCACGUCUCCUGGCUUUUGUGACGGAUCCCCGAGAGCCGCGCUGCCGUGUCAGGGCGAUUUGCUGCGGUUUGGUUUGGUUUGGUGUAAAUGCCUCUUAAUAAAAGUUACCGGUGAGCCGG